AUGCGGCAAUGGUGCCCCAAGGGCACAUCCUCCCUGCAAGGUGUAGAACACGGCACGAAGGCCGAUCUCAGCAUGGUGAACGCAGGAAGGGGAAAACUUUGGUCUUGGCGAGCUCACCGGGGUUUGGCUUGGCGAAGACAGGGACAAGAGCUUGACGCGGUGACCGUGGCGAGGACGGGGACGCGUCGGGGCCCGACGUCGCGCUCGGUGGUCGCGGCUCCUGAGCGCGGACGUGGACGCCACGGGCUUCAGGUCGGCCGUGGCCGGAGCUGGCGUCGCGGGGCACCGAGGCGGCUCGGCAGUGCUGUGGCGCCCGCGUGGCCAGCCGUGGUCGAAGCUCGACGCGGCGAGGGCAGCGUCGCGGCUGGCCACGGCUCGGCGAAGGUGGCUUCUGGGCGUCAUGUCAGCCGUCGAAGCAAGGGCGCCGUCGUCUCGGGCUCUCGGUGGCGCAGUGGGUGCUCGUCGCGGACAACUCAAGCGCCUGCGUCCCGGUGCGGCCGUGGCAUCCGCGUGGCCGUCCGCGGACAAGGCGGAGGGCGGCGGCGCUGGGUGGAGGGAACAGAGGACUGCGGCGGCGCCACUAGGGAAGAGCUCGAGGGCGUGGCGGCGGCUGGGCUCUUUAUAGGCGUCGAGGCUAGGGCUUCAGAGUGGAGGCGUUCAUCCUCGGCGUCCGUGUCCACAGCGGGACACGCGGCGCGCAUCGGCACGAACGCCGAGGUGGAGGGGGCAGGCGUGGGCGCGGGGGGGCGGUUCUGCCCACUCUGGGCGGCGGCGGCGGCGGCCUGGGCGAGCUGGGCGCGAGCGCGCGUGGCAGGCUUAGGGUUAGGGGGGGUCGCGCGGUGGGAAAGGCCAGGGAGGGGCGCUGCCUCCCUCGUGGGCCACGGCCUGGCUUGGCGACUUGGGCCGGAGGAGGAGCUGGGCCGUGCGCGCGGGUUGGGCCGGGGCAAGGCGCGCGUGGGAGCUGGGCCGCGGGGAGGGGAAGGGUGCUGGGAUGGUUGGGCUAAAUGCGCGAGGUGGGCCGUGUGUGGGCGCCUGUGCGGCUGGGCCAAAGGCCAAGGAGGGGAGCUCAAGAGAAGGGAGUGA